AUGUACGUGAUCGUUCGAUGGGAUGGGGACUUGAAGAACGCGCUCAGGGCAGACGACGUGGAGGUGGUAAGGCCGAGGAAGGGGAACGCGCCCAUCGAGCUCAUGGAGGUCUUUCAUGCAUCUGCCUCGUUCGACAUGUUGAGCGACUUGCAGGUGCGAAGCUCGACCGUCAAGGCGAAUCCGGUUCACGGACAAGCUUACGGCGAGGAUGAGAUCGAAGAAGGAGGGCCAGAAAUGGUUCAGUGCGCUCAGCCUGCACUCUGCGUUGUGAAUGACAUUCAUGCAAGCAGGAAUCAGUAUCUGCCUCUAGACAGGCGCCGACCAUCGAUGGUGCCCUGCAAGAAGAAGCAACAAAUCGGGUUUGCAAGGUCUGUAAGAGGGAUCAACCUCUUCGAACAAAGCAUUGCUACGAUUGUGGCAAGAAAUUGUGUUGGAGAGUACAAUCAUCGGCUGUUCUGGUGGUAUCUCUUCUUCGAGUUCAUCACAGUCUGCUGGACCUGCUCUCUGUCUGCCUCCACCUUCAGAGCGACGUCUGGGCUCAACUGGGCGAGCGAUUGGGUUUACUACAACCUGCCAUCGUUUCUUGCAAUGCUUGUGUGCAUCGGGUUCACCAUCCUGCUCGGAGCUCUUCUCUUCUUCCAUUCCUACCUGGUCGUCACCGGACAAACGACGUGGGAAGCAAGCAGCAUUGGGAACGUGACGUACCUCAAGGGGCUGCCGGUCGGAAUCUAUCCGUUCUCUGAGGGGUGGAUCCACAACGUCAGGAGAUUCUGCUUCCGGAGCUCUCGAGAUCCCCCGACAAGGUGGCCACAGCCCGAGCCACCAUGGCAGGAGGGGCAGCGGUUUUGGUGGCUAGAAAACGAGUACUGGAGUUGCUUCUGA